UCUUAGACAUCAGCCCGACAUGCCUAAACCAGUAUUUCCCCGCCUGAAGACCUACCCGGCCAAGAGUCCGGAGAAGAAACAGCCCGUCGUCAGCAAGUUCUUUGUCUCGCGCAACAGUAAGUCGGCAGAGGGCGCUGUUGGAACCGACGCCGGCGCCAAGAAAACGCCCGUGGCGGAUAAAACCGUUUCAUCUCCAUUUGACAGAAAGAGGCCGGGGCAGGGCACGCCUGGUCCGAGGGCCUCGCCCCUGCCUAAACGUGUCCGUUUUGACACGUCACCAUCCGCUUCAGCCGCCAAGCCUGCCGACGAAAAACCUAAGGAACCACCAAAACCCCCAAAACCACCAGUUGAGCUGUGUAAAAGAUUUUGA